AUGCCUCGUGAUUUCAGGUCCAUCAAGGAAGACAGUCUUAAACGCUGGGACCCGAGUUUUCUUAGGUUUCGGUACUAUAAACGGCGCACUGGAUACCCUGAUACACCUUUCAUGUCUUCCCAUCCUCGCACACUGGAGCCCGCGAUACUGGCUAGCAUCGCCCGUAAUCUUCGGAUCUCGAAAUCCAUACAGCUCGCAGGAUUCGUGAUUCUGUUAUACGACCAUGCUUUGACUUUCGACGACGAGGUGGAACGCAUCUGGAAACAUCGGCUAUCAGGAGCUUCGCUUCUAUUCCUGCUGAACAGAUAUAUCUCGCCGCUACGAUCUAUCGUGGCCACCACAGCGUUUCAUCACCCCCAAUGGACCGGCACCGCAUGCUCUAAUUUUGUCCAAUUUCUCGGCGCUUCAAGUGUUUCCGUUUCGAGUCUAUGCGGACUGCUUAUGAUCUUGCGUGUAUACGCCUUAUACCAUCGUUCAAAUACCCUUCUGGUCCUACUCCUGUCAAUCUGGGUCGCUCAACUAGUUACCUCGGUGGUAGGGAUAAGUACUGCUGGAGCGUUGCAAUUGCCUCCUGGUCCCAUGUUUGUCGGAUGCAUUCUGACCGCCACAAGUAAAUGGCUUGCCGUUAACUGGGCUGGACCGCUAAUUUUGGACGGUGCUAUCUUCUUUUUGACGCUGUGGCGCACGCGCGAAUACCUCCGCUCUUCGGACAAAAUCCCUUUACUCCAGAUUCUGGUUCGCGACGGCACGCUCUAUUUCCUCGUGAUUUUCCUGGUCAAUCUUUCCAACGCUUUCCUGUACUUCUUUGCCCCUAACAACCUUAAAUCUGCCGCCUCAUCAUUGACUGUCAUGCUGACUUCAGCGAUGGUUUCCCGUCUCGUCCUAAAUCUCCGCUCUGCCCCUGCCGCCGGGGUCAAGCUGGUCAACUCUGCCACGUUAUCACGCCCGAACACAUCUAUCGUAUUCAGCACGAUGGCGACGAUAGCUAUCGGAAAUAUGGGAGAGGAAGUCGAAACGUCGAAGGGAUCCAAGCCUGCCUCUAAUCGGGACUCAGUUCAUCUGGAACCAUGA